CGACAAAAAGCUGUAUCCCAAUUGUUUGUUUGUUUUUUUAAAUUGUCUGCAGUGGUCGUGAUUCGUGAAACGAUCGUGAUGUAAAAUGGGGAAAAUCAAAUGUUUUAUCAAAUCUUGUAACAACACUCAUCCCGCUAACAGAAAUUGUUCUUGGCACGAAUGGCCAUCCCAAGAAAACGCCAUUCUUCGAUGGAUUACUGAAUUGAGGAAAAAUGAAGCCCUCACUGGUUUUACAGAAAACAGCGUCCCGAAUCUUAAAAGGAGAUCAAAAAUAUGCAGUGAUCAUUUUGAGGAGAUAUGUUUUAGGGAAGGUUCGGUAAGGAGACUAAAACCAACAGCAGUGCCAACAAUAUUUAGAUUACCAAGUAGAGAAUCAACACCACCUACAAAAAUUCCACAACAAAAAAAGCAAUCAGUUGACCAGAUCGCAGAAUCUCCAGUGCCUUGCAGCUCAACAAUAGGUAUCACAGUGGAAAAUUCACUAAAUCUGGAUAGCACAGAAACCCAGCCAAGGAUGGGUGCCAAAUGUUAUGUAAAGGGGUGCCAAUCUGGAUAUGACUCAUGUAAAGAAAAAGUACAUUUUUUUAAACCUAAGGAAGAGAAAACAGUACACCUUUGGCAGAAAUUUAUUGGUCGGAAUGAUCUGAAACUGGAAAAGUUUCACUCAGUUUGUCACAAGCACUUUGAUGAUGCAGAUAUUGUAAAAGAAACAACUGUUCAGGGUAAAGAUGGACCAACAGUAGUUAGUGAUUCAUUACGUUGGCGGCUUGUAGGUGGAGCCAUCCCCAAACAUUAUCUUGGGAACUAUGUUCAACUAGUAAAAGAAUUACAACAAUUUAGGAAAAUUGCUGUGAGGCCUACAGACUUGGCUCCUAAGGAUAGGGCAACUACUACUGUGCCUGAAAUAAUUGUUUUCAAUGAAGUCACUGUGAACGCACCAAAAGCAAACCACAGCAGUGUAGAACCUAUUCUUCCUGAGAGAUCUCCAGUUGUUCCAAAGAAAACCUACAGUAACAGAAAAAAAUCUCUAGUGCCAUCUUCAUCACCAAGUCUGCAGUUAGAAAAAAAUACUAGUCAAAACAUUGAAGAACCUGAUAAUUUAACAUUGAAAAUCGCCUUAAAUCCUAAAGAAACGGUCCUUUCAUUUCCAUCAUCACCCGCAGGAAAUUUUAUGACAGUGGCACAUCCAAUCAGAAGUAAUUUAACAAGACCAAUAGUAUCUCAAGUUCCUGUUAGUUACGAGAUCAGAAAUACCCCUCAAAACAAGCAACAGUCAUCAAUUAACCAAGUUUUGCAACAAAGUGUCACUUCACUUAAUCAAGGUCCCUCGCCACAGGUUUCACAACAAGAACUAAUAUUAAGACCUAUUUUACCGACUGCUGAAGAUUUUGGUCAAGUCAAACUCGCUGUUUCACGCCGGGAAUUGUUAAACCCUAAAGAAGCUAUCCUUCCUCCAUCAUGGUCCUGGCAAGAAUGUUUUCUUCAGAAAAAACAAUUGAUUUGUUCCAAGUUUAAAUGGCUAGAUGAAAACAACUUCGAGUACACCAAGUCCAUAAUAGUGGGCGAGUACGCAUAUGUCAGUGAUAUGAGUAUUUCUACACAUACUGUUCGUUAUUUCGUCCGAGGUCGACAAGUUUUCCAUAAAACUCUCAAGUCUCAAUUCUCAACAGUCAGUGAAAUCACCACGUUAUUGAAGUUUUACGACGACAUUCCAGAGUGUGUUGGCUAUUCUGAUCCGAAAUUACUUGGAUCCUCAUCACCUUUAAAUCCUCCGCAAACUAAUCGGUCGAAAAAAUGUUUGUUGCUUGCUUCGGAGAGAAGCAAUUAUUGCACCGAAUGUCUAUCAAUAAUGCCUCCAACAAUUAAACGAAGCUUAGUGAACAACCGCAACAGCAUAUCCAAUUCAAGUAAUCUUCCUUCAUCAAAUGUAAAUGUUGUUGGACCGUGCAACACGAUAAUUCCAGUUGAAAUAAGCGUGGACCCACCUCUGAUACCAAUCGACAGUUGUAAUAUUUGUGAAUUCGGUGAGGACGAGUCGACCGUCGAAAAUAGACCAAAUGCCGAAGCCGUUACAUUGUCCAUCCCGAUUGAAAUUUACAAAAGUUGUACGUCGAAUUCGACAAAUUUGGAAUCAAGUCUGUUCAAACACACAUUUACCUUUGAGGCAUCGAAUUACCCAUUGUUCUUAUAUCAUUUGCAAACGUGGUGCUGCGGUAUUUACGCACCACAUGAAGUGGCGGUGAACUCAUCGGUAAUCCACACAUCAUCCUUCUUACCGUCUGUGGAAGAACAACCCAUUGUACACGAUUGGACGUCGUACAGCCAACCAACUUUCUUGGUUUCUCGACCACAACGUGUAUAUUGCCGUAAAAACGUCGCUGCUCCUAGAUCGUCUAAAAAAGCAAAGAGUGGAGUAAAAUGGACCGACAUUGAAAAUAUGGCGUGUCAUAAAGGGAAAGUCCAUGUUACUUUGAAGGGGCAGCCACUGGUUCAGCGUAGCUUACCCCAGGUCUUUCAUAAUGAAGAAGAUUAUCGUGGCGACGAUCCGAGUGAACCACACGUCCAGAAUCAUGGGGGAUCGCAUAGUGAACUCAGUGACUUGGAAAGUGAAGAUUCGUCUAGUGUUAUCAUUGAAUCAGAUAGUGAAUACUCACCGGAUGGAAUUGUGGAGUCAGACAGUGAAUAUUCGCUAAAUGGAAGCAGCAGCACUGAAAAUGAAAUUGACGUAGAUGACGACGGCGAUUUUGCUUUGGCGCAGUGCUAUUUGCAGAAUGAAGUUAUGAUAAAACGACGACUUCAAAGAAAAUUUCUGUGGUAUUCAAGGAUGCUCAACAAGAGCAAAGAAAUAGCUCGUUCAAUUCUAAAGGCAUCGAAAGAAUUUGAGCAGAAAUGUCGAAAUGGAACACUAAGGCUCCCAGCUACCAAGAAAUCUGGCCCCAAAAAACAGUGCAACGAGUGCGGCAAAAUGAUUCACGCCAAGGGAUUUCAAGAUCAUCUGAAAUUGCACAGUGGAAUCAAAUCUCAUUUGUGUGAACUAUGUGGUCGAGCGUUUGUGUUUAGAUCUAGCCUAAACUCUCACAUUCGGUUGAAUCAUCGUGGAGAGGAACGUACGAAACCCCUCAAAAAUUUCAUGUGCAGCACUUGUGGACAUACUGUAAGUUCGAAAGAACGUUUGGGUAUUCACGAAAGGAUCCAUACAGAUGAAAGGCCAUUCGAGUGUAAAUACUGUGACAAGAAAUUUCGAGAGAAAGGAACUCUUGUUCGCCAUAUUCGUACUCAUACAGGCGAGAGACCCUAUGAAUGCAAUAUUUGCGGAAAAUCUUAUCGUUCAAGAUUUGCCUACGUUGGCCACUAUAGGACUAAACAUGAAACGAAGGAAAACGAAAUAGUAAAGGGGCCGGUUGAAGACCGAAGGAAACACCCCAAAAUCGGUUAUCGCUGCGAGUACUGUGGAAAAGAAUUUUGUCAGGGACGAAUUUUGGCUUACGAAAAGCACCUUACCACUCACACUGGAAUUUCUGCAGCCAUUCGUUGCACACAGCCAGACUGUGAAUUCACUUACUCGGAUAUGACGCAGCUCAAGGAACACAUGCUGUCACAACAUCCCGAAAAAGCAUACACUUGUGACGUUUGCAAGAAAAUUUUUCUGACGAAGCAGACUCUGACGGAUCAUAAGUCUAUGCAUGACCCAUCUCGAGGUUAUCAGUGUUCUUAUUGCCCUGUAAAGUUGACAGUUAAGUCAAGUCUGAUUGCACAUGAAAAGUUGCAUACCCGGGAAACUCCGCACGAAUGUAACUUUUGCGAAAUGCGUUUUCAUAGCACUUACCUGUUGCAGAUUCACAUGCGCACUCAUCAGCCUAGUCAGCUCAAAAGAAAGCGAUAUAGAAAACCGGCCGAGAAGUAAUUGAUUCCGACUGCUGAUAUAAAACGACGCCUAUGUUGAAUUUCUGAAAAUGCUGUUACGGAUUUUCUGCUGUCCAGAUUUUGGAAUACAAAGAUAAUUUGUGAUUCUUAA